ACCCCCCCCCCCAAUUAAAUAUAAAUUGAAUAAAUCUUCUUGCUUCGAUAAUUACUGGGAGUAGGAAUCAAAAAAGCUAGAAAAUGAUAUUGGCUAUGAUGCUAAUUUGCAAAAAAAAAAGGUUAUGUUAUACAGUCUUUUAUUUUCUAUUUCAAAACCUAUUGUAACGUUAAAAGCAGUAUUAAAUCCCAAAUUAUAGCUUAAGGAAUGAGGAGUGACAAGCCAAAGAGACGAAUGAUGAACAGGUUGAAACUUUUUCAAUAAAAGCGAACAAAUCUCUCGUAAUAAAAUCUUUCUAUAUAUGCCAAGGAUUUGCUGUAGAACGACCAAACAAAGCCGUUUGUAUCUCAAGUGAGGAAGAAUUAAGUAAUCCUACGACGCUUCCCCCAAAACGUCUUACUAAACCCAAGAAGCUUGUUAAUAAAUCCUUUCAAGAUAUUGUUUCUUUUUUUUAUAGAAAUCUAUUUGACUUUUCAUAGGCUAUACGUUGAAGAAAGCCAGUAUAUUGAGUUCCAUACUCUAGAUGGAUUACAAGCUUCAGGAUCAGCUUAUCUAGAAAAUUAUUGAAUAUUAUAACAAGGAUCUAUGCUCUUUUUGGGUUUUACUAAGUGGAUUUUAGCAUCUCUAUGGCUGUUUCAAGGAAUUCUGGGUUAUGGAAUUGAUGCAAAUGAAGCGCUGGGGUUAAGAAACCUUACCCGAGAGUUGUUUUAUCAUGGCUACUCCAAUUACUUAGACCUUGCAUUUCCUCUUGACGAACUUGCUCCCUUGUCUUGCAAAGGAUUGGGACCAGACUUUAAAGACUCUCAUAAUCUUGGCGUCAACGAUGUACGCGGUAACUACCUCCUAACCCUGAUAGAUACUAUAGAUACGUUGGUGGUCUUAAAUGAUACUGAAGGUUUCCACGAAGCUGUUCGGAAGGUCAUUCAACAUUUGACAUUCGAAACUGACACAAAAGUUCAACUAUUUGAAGCUACUAUCAGGAUUUUAGGAGGUCUACUGUCCGGCCACGUUUUUGCUUCAGAUCCACAGUACGGAUUUCAACUUCCUGGGUAUAACAAUGAGUUGUUAACUUUAGCAACCGAACUUGGUGAGCGUCUAUUAAUUGCAUUUCGAACACCAACGAAAAUCCCUUUUGCGAGGAUAAAUUUGAUGAAAGGAGUCUCUUCAAAAGAGACGAAUGAGUCCUGCUCCGCUGGGGCUUCCAGUCUUGUCCUUGAAUUUUCGAUGCUGAGCAUCCUUAGUGGAAAUCCGGAGUUUCGUAAGGCGGCGGAAAAUGCCUUUUUUGCUAUAUGGAAUCGUAGAAGUAGCAUUGGUCUAUUAGGAAACAGCAUCGACGUAAUGAGCGGAAAUUGGAUAUAUCCUGUUUCUGGUAUAGGAGCUGGAAUUGAUAGCUUUUAUGAAUAUGCUUUUAAAUCAUAUAUUUUGCUCGAUGAUAUACGAUUUCUUCAGGUCUGGGAAGAAUCCUUAAGCAAUAUUCGUCAAUAUAUGUCUUCCACAGAAGAUUAUUACUACCAAAAUGUGUACGCUAGCAGUGGGACUACUGCAACGUAUUGGGUUGACUCUCUAGGAGCCUAUUUUCCUGGGUUACUGGUUCUCGCUGGCGAGCUGGAGUCUGCGAAAAAGUCACAUCUCUACUAUUUUUCAAUUUACAUGAAGUACGGACAAAUACCAGAAAGAUUUAACUUUCAUACCAAAACCAUAGAACUACAAGGAUAUCCCUUAAGACCAGAGUUUGCUGAAUCCACGUACUAUCUAUAUCGUGCUACUAAAGAUCCAUUUUACUUGGAAGUAGGAAAGAUAAUUUUGAAAAACAUUGAAAAGAAUCUUCGUACGUCUUGUGGAUUUGCUUCCCUAGAUAACCUUCAAACAGGGGUACGUUCUGAUCGAAUGGAGAGUUUUUUUCUUAGUGAAACCUUGAAGUAUCUAUAUCUUCUCUUUGAUGAAAGCAAUAUUUUUCAUUCUAAAUUCCAAGAUUUCCUUUUUACUACCGAAGGUCAUUUAUUACCCAUUAAUACACUAACGCAUAAAGCCGUUAACUCUUAUAAACGUCAGCAUCCUGGGACGUGUCUUCUUAAUCCCGAUGAGAAUUACGCUGAACCUUCUUUCUUUUCUAAAAUAGCAUCCAGGGAGGAUUUCGAUUAUGUCUUCGAAAUGGUAGAAUCUAGUCAUCAGCAUGUUGUUGAUGGAAUAAUUGAUCCUAAUGGAAUUUGUGCAAGACCAAGAGUUGCAGACGUCGUUGAAAUUCUAUAUGGGAAUGUUCUAUUACCUCCUUUCAAAUCUACUGAACGUUCCAUGAACCAGAUAUAUGUACCAACAUUGAUAGGCAAUAGGAUUCGCCUAAUAAAGUAUAUUGAUAAUGAGUACUACCGCAUUUUUAAAAUAGGAAACCAAAGAGCGGGAGACAAUGAUACAGUCUAUUUGACUGAUCCCAAUUAUGCAAUGUUUAUGAGUCUACAGACGCUACAUACGCCUACAGUUUCUGCGCAUUUGGUUUCUGUCAAUACAAAAGAAGAAGCAUAUUCUGAGUUCCUUCACGUUCAUGAAGGAACUUUCGAGGAACCUUUGCAGUUACCAUUGGCAUUUUUAAACACCAGUUUGUGUAACAAACUGCCUUUCUCUUUAACGCCUGGCGUAGCUUAUAUAGCUCCAACCGGAGACUGCAGCUGGUUACAACAAGCGAAGAAUGCACAGAAAGCAGGAUUGCUUUUAUUGUUGGACCAGGACCCUAGAACGAACAAAACAAAGUUGAUGCAAGAGUCUCCUUCGUCCUAUUUUUUUGGUUUAAUUAAACCUUACGUGCCACCAACAAUUCACCUUGAUUCAAAUCAAAGUUUUGUCCUUCAAUGGGGAAACAUAACUGUGCAAAAGGUUCAAAAAGACGCACCUUGUUAUUUUCAAAACUCCUUGAUUGAGAACUUCUACGUUUGUGAAACUUGCUUCGAUGAACGCGAUUAUUUAAUAAACAGGAAUUAGGAUAAUACUCAGCAUUUCACUUUGUUUACUUCCUUAUUAUACGUAUGUUUGAUGAUAUAUAUGUUAGAAAACAUUUAACGAUUAACAAUAAGAUAAUUGCAAUUUUGUUGUAUA